GAUGUAUUAUACAGCCGCUUUCUCUUACCCAACAAAACCAAACCAGACCAUUCCUCUCUCCUCUUCCUGUCAUCCUCACCAUCUUCCUCCCCCUCUGAUCAUCCAUGGAUGAAAUCGAAGUUCCUCAGUAUUUCGUCUGUCCCAUUUCACUUCAGAUCAUGAAGGACCCUGUGACUACGCUCACCGGCAUAACCUACGACAGAGAAAGCAUCGAACAGUGGCUGCUCAAGGCCAAAGACCACAAGUGUCCUGUCACGAAGCAGCCAUUGCCCAGAGGCUCCGACCUCACUCCCAACCACACCCUCCGCCGUCUCAUCCAGGCUUGGUGCUCGGAAAACGCCGCUCACGGCGUCGAUCGCAUCCCCACCCCUAAAUCCCCUCCCAACAAGACGCUCCUCCAGAAACUGGUCAGGAAUCUCCAGCUUCCCCAGUUGUGCCAAUCCGCAUUGGAGAGAUUGCAUGCUCUGGCCACAGAAAACCAGAGGAACCUGAAGUGCAUGGUGGAAUCUGGCGUGGCCGAGUCCAUGGUUCAUCUGAUUACAAAAAAUUCCAACGAGUUAGGUAACAACACUAUUUCCCUCGAACAAUCUCUGCAAAUUCUACGCCUGCUCUGGAAUAGCAACACCAUCAAGCCUCUGGUCAUCCAAAACAUCGACUUCAUCAAAUCUUUGACUAGGAUUCUCCAGCUCCACGUGGACACCAACGUCAAUCUGAUCAACGAAGCAAUGCCUGUGUUAAAAUCCACCAUCGAGCUCGUGGAUUCAACACUUUUAGGAGGUUUGAAACCCGAAUUCUUCAGUGAAAUCACAAGGGUGAUCAAAAACAGAUCAAUCUCACAACAAGCCUUGAAGUCCGCCUUGCAUAUUCUUAUGGAAACGUGUCCUUUAGGAAGAAACAGGACGAGGAUAGUGGAAGCAAGGGCAGUAUGUGAAUUGAUCGAGCUUGAGCUAGAGAAACCCGAGAAGAAGAUAACCGAGCUUACAUUUAACCUCCUCGCGCAGCUAUGCUCUUGUGCGGACGGGAGGGAACAAUUCUUGUCACACGCGGCGGGGAUUGCGGUGGCGUCGAAGAGGGUUCUGAGGGUGUCUCCGGCGACGGAUGACAGGACCGUUCAUGUAUUGUGGCUGAUGGCGAGGUAUUCCGGGUCGAACGACGUUGUUUUGGAAAUGUUGAGGGUGGGAGCAGUGUCGAAGCUUUGCAUGGUGAUUCAAGCCAAUUGUGAACCGAGUUUGAAAGAGAAAGCGAGAUCGAUACUGAGGUUGCACUCCAAGCUUUGGAAUAAUUCCCCCUGUAUUCAAGUUUAUCUGUUAACCGGGCACCAAAGGUGAUGAUUAACAGAAAACCAGGUAGCUCCAGAAUAUAGAAUCUAGAUCAUCUUUUUCCUUUUCUCUCUCUCUCUUUCUCUCUCUUUUCUACUUCCUCUAUUGUGAUAUAAUUUAUUAGUUUUCAAUGAAUUAUAAUCAAGAAACAACUUUUAGAAUAUAAAGACA